AUGGAGGAGGGGGAAAGGAGCCCGCUGCUGUCCCAGGAUGCUGGGGGUCAGGAACCACCCCUCGCCAGAAGCAGCCCCCUCACUUCAAGUCACCUAGGACCAGCACCCUGGGAGAACCAGGCCCGGAGGGCAGGCCUUGGGGGGGUCCUGGCCUGCUGCUUCCCCGGGGGAAGCAGCUUCCUCAAGUGCCUGAUCUUCCUGUCCAACUUUGUCUUCUCUCUGCUCAGUCUGCUGGCCCUGGCCAUCGGACUCUGGGGCCUGGCCGUCAAGGGGUCUCUGGGGAGUAGUUGGGGGGGCCCCCUGCCCGCAGACCCCAUGCUGGGGCUGGUGCUGGGCGGGCUGGCGUUCAGUGCGGUGAGCCUGGCAGGCUGCCUGGGCGCCCUCUGCGAGAACGCCUUUCUGCUGCGCUGCUUCUCUGGGGGCAUCCUUGCCUUUCUGGUGCUGGAGGCCGUGGCAGGGGCCCUGGUGGUGGCCUUGUGGGGCCAGUUACAGGAUGACCUGGAGCACGUCCUACGCAUGGCCAUCACCCACUACCAAGACGACCCAGACCUGUGCUUCCUCAUUGACCAAGUUCAGCUCGGGCUGCAGUGCUGCGGGGUGGCCUCCUACCAGGACUGGCAGCGGAACCUGUACUUUAACUGCAGCUCCCCUGGGGUCCAGGCCUGCAGCCUUCCUGCCUCCUGCUGUAUCGACCCCUGGGAAGAUGGAGCCUCAGUCAAUGACCAGUGUGGCUUCGGGGCCCUGGGCCUGGAUGAGGAUGCGGCCCAGAGGGUGGUGCACCUGGAGGGCUGCAGCCCCCCACUCCUCCAGUGGCUGCGCAGCAACAUCUGGGCUGCAGGUGGCUACGCCAUCGUUGUCGUGGUGGUCCAGGGGGCAGAGCUCCUGCUGGCCAUCCAGCUGGUGAGGACCCUGGCUGUCCACAAGAGGGCAGCAGAGAGUGAGGGCUUGUCCACAGGACCCCCAGACUCAGUGCCCUCCCCUCUGCCAAAAUGGUCCGGGGCUGACUGGCAGGUGAGACGAAAGACCAGGGCACCCGGAUGGGGUCUGGGGCUGCAGGCCUCCCCUCCCCUCCCAGGGAAGGUGUCAGAAUAA